ACACCGAGCAUUAUGUCACACUGAGUGAUGAGAUAAUAGAACAUGGAGGACAAGGGAUUUCCGAGCACGAUAAUUUAGAAGGGAGUCGUAAAAGUUUGAGAAGUGGGUAUGCACAGAGUAAAUGGGUUUCGGAAAAAUUAGUGUUGGAGGCAAGAAGAAGAGGGUUGCCUGCUACAAUAGUGAGACCGGGUUAUAUAGUCGGUGAUUCACGCACUGGAGUUACAAACACGGAUGACUUUAUAUGGCGAUUAAUCAAAGGAUGCAUUCAACUUGGCCUCAUUCCAACCAUACACAAUACAAUAAACAUGUGCCCAGUCGACUACGUUGCCGACUGUGUCGCACAAAUAUCACUUUUACCAACCUCACCCCAAAAAGGUGUAUUCCACAUUACACAUCCAUCUAACCCUUCAUUCCGUUUCGACGACCUCUUCCAAUCCCUUACGAUCUAUGGCUACUCAGUCCAGAGAACCGAAUAUAUUGUUUGGCGAAAUAAACUAAUGGAAUUUAUACUCCAAGCACAAGAUAACGCUUUAUAUCCCCUCUUACAUUUCGUGUUGGACGAUCUGCCGACGAGUACAAAAUCUCCCGAGUUAGAUGACUCGAAUACGCGUGCGGCUGUGUCGCGCACGCCUAUUUGUAUUGAUGAGCAGUUGAUGGGUGUUUAUUUGGGCUAUUUGGUGGGUGUUGGAUUUUUGAGUCGGCCUGAGACUGGUGGAAGAGAGUUACCGGUUGUGGUGGUUGAUGCAGAGAUAUUGAAGCGAAGCGGGAGAAAUUAA